GAGGUCUUCUUUCGCAAUCAAUACUUGUCGAGAGCAGACAUGUGGCAGCUCAUGAAAAGUCUCGAGGAGACGGUCGUGUACGAAGGCCAGGUGCUCAAAUACCUCGGCUCUGCAAUUGCUGAGGUCGAGAAUAUCUGGAUCUCUGGCGAAAGGAAAGAAUCGGCCUAUGUCACACAUCCAUACACGAAACCCAUCUUUCGCAGUAGGAGUGCUCGCUAUGCUAUCCUCAUCGAGGUUUCCAGAGAAAUGCUCGAGGGCUGGAGCCAUGGCGAACUCAUGUACGAGAGACUGAUUGACGGUCUACUCCACGAACUGUUCCAGCGAUGGGAGAGGGACAAAGCUCGGCAUCUGGCUUCAGUGAUCCUGUACGGACGUGCAGCAGGGGCAGAUGGCGCGGCGAAGCGCGAUUCUCACAAUCACCAGCAUGGCGAAGACUUCUAUAUUCUACUAGUGUCAGAAGUCACCAGCAUCACAUGGGCAGAUAUUCUGAACAAGAUCCGACGGGCCUUCAACGACCUGACUUUGUCCAGAUCCGUAUGCUUGGCAGCAGAGAGCAACAUACUCGAGGCCAUCCACCUUACCGCCAUGGACUUUGCAGAUGAUCAGAAUGACGCGCAUUUGAUGAGCACUGGCACUUCUAUCAUCGCGGUCACUGCUGGCACUGGCUUGUUCAAUGCUGAUCAUACCUUACUCAAGCAGACGACAGACCUUCUUGUUGGCAACAGCAUUGGUGUAGACAUCGUUGCACUCUCGCCGAAGCCUUUGCAUCCCGUACCACUGUUUAGAUACGAU